AUGAAGAAGCUCUGUGCUUUCACUAUUUCAUUUUUGCUUCUGAAGUUUUCAAUCAUCUUGUGCUGUUUAACAGAACCCCUUUGCUUUUGGAGAAUAAAGAAUAGUGAAGAUAAUGAUGGAGUCAUGAGAAGUGACUGUGGUUUUUUCCUUUGGACAACGGAAGAACCUAUUGAAGACAAUUUGUAUAAUAAAAUAAUUGAUUUUAGAAUACCAGCAAGAAGUUAUGAGUUUUUUCUGGUAAUGUUUUUUGCUACUGAUGAGAUCAACAAGAAUCCUUAUCUUUUACCCAAUAUGUCUUUGAUGUUCUCCAUCAUUGUUGGUCUGUGCCAAGACACAUUGGGAGUUCUGGAUAUAUUAUAUUCACAACAAAACAAUAUCAUGAAUUUUAUUAAUUAUAUCUGUUUAAAAUAUGAAAUUUGUGAUGUAGACAUUAGAGGACCAUCUUGGAAAACGUCCUUAAAACUUGCAGUUCAUUCUGGGACACCAAAGGUUUUCUUUGGACCAUUUAAUCCUAACCUAAGUGACCAUGACCAGUUUCCCUAUGUCCACCAGGUAGCCACCAAGGACACACAUUUGUCCCAUGGCAUGGUCACCUUGAUGCUUCAUUUUAGAUGGACUUGGAUAGGAGUGGUCAUCUCAGAUGAUGACCAGGGAAUUCAGUUUUUCUCAGAUUUAAAAGAAGAAAUGCAAAGUCAUGAAAUCUGUUUAGCUUUUGUAAAUGUGAUUCCAGAAACCUUGCAGACAUACUUGACAAAGGCUUUGAUAUAUGAUAAGCAAAUUAUGACAUCUUCAGCAAAGGUUGUUAUCAUUUAUGGUGAAAUGAACUCCACUUUAGAAGUCAGCUUUAGAAGAUGGGAAUAUUUAGGUGCUCAGAGAAUCUGGAUCACAACUUCACAAUGGGAUGUUAUCACAAAUAAAAAGGAAUUCAGCCUUGAUUUUUUCCAUGGGACUGUCACUUUUGCACACCAAGUAUGUGAGAUGACUAAAUUUAGGAAUUUUAUGCAAACUGUGGAUACUAACAAAUACCCCAUAAACAUUUCUGAGUCUAUACUGUGUUGGAAUUAUUUCAAUUGUUCUAUCUCUAAGAACAGAAAUAAAAUGGAACAUUUUAAAUUCAACAACACAUUGGAAUGGACAGCACUGCACAAAUAUGACAUGGCCCUGAGUGAAGAAGGUUACAAUUUAUAUAAUGCUGUUUACGCUGUGGCCCACACCUACCAUGAACUAAUUCUUCAACAAGUAGAGACUCAGAUACCAGCAGAAAACAAAGGAAUAUUUACUGACUGUCAGCAGGUGUCUUCCUUGCUGAAGACCAGGGUAUUUGUUAACCCUGUUGGGGAAUUGGUUAACAUGAACCAUAGGGAAUAUCAGUGUGCAGAAUAUGACAUUUUCAUCAUUUGGAAUUUUCCACAAGGCUUUGGAUUAAAAGUGAAAAUAGGAAGCUAUUUUCCUUGCAUCCCACCGAUGCAACAACUUCAUAUAUCUGAAGAUGUGGAAUGGGCCACAGGAGGAACUUUGGUUCCCUCCUCCUUGUGUAGUGUGCCAUGUACUGCUGGAUUUAGGAAAAUUCAUCAGAAAGAAACAGCAGACUGCUGCUUUGAUUGUGUCCAGUGCCCAGAAAAUGAGGUUUCCAAUGAAACAGCAGAUAUGGAACAAUGUGUGAGGUGUCCAGAUGAUAAGUAUGCCAACUUGGAGCAAACCCACUGCCUCCAAAGAGCUGUGUCGUUUCUGUCUUAUGAAGAUUCAUUUGGGCUUGCACUUGGCUCCACUGCUCUGUCCUUCUCAGCCAUCACAAUUCUAGUACUAUUCACUUUUGUGAAGUACAAGGAUACUCCUAUUGUGAAGGCUAAUAACUGCAUUCUCAGCUACAUCCUUCUCAUUUCUCUAGUGUUCUGUUUUCUCUGCUCAUUGCUUUUCAUUGGACAUCCCAACCAAGCCACCUGCAUCCUGCAGCAGACAACAUUUGGAGUGUUUUUCACAGUGGCUGUUUCUACUGUGUUGGCCAAAACAAUAACUGUAGUCAUGGCUUUCAAGCUCACUACUCCAGGGAGGAGAAUGAGAGGGAUGCUGACAUCAGGGGCACCUAACUUGGUCAUUCCCCUUUGUACCCUAAUCCAAGUUGUUCUCUGUGGCAUCUGGUUGGUAAUGUCUCCUCCCUUUAUUGACAGAGAUAUACAAUCUGAACAUGGAAAGAUUGUCAUUAUUUGCAACAAAGGCUCAGUCAUUGCCUUCCAUGUUGUCCUUGGAUAUUUGGGUUUUUUGGCUCUGGGGAGCUUCAUUGUAGCUUUCCUGGCUAGGGAACUUCCAGACAGAUUCAAUGAAGCCAAGUUCCUAACUUUCAGCAUGCUGGUGUUCUGCAGUGUCUGGAUCACCUUCCUCCCUGUCUACCAUAGCACCAGGGGGAAGAUCAUGGUGGUUGUGGAGGUCUUCUCCAUCUUGGCUUCUAGUGCAGGGCUGCUAGGUUGUAUCUUUGUACCAAAGUGUUAUGUUAUUUUAGUUAGACCAGAUUCAAAUUUUGUACAGAAGUGCAAAGACAAAUUGCUACAUUGA